AUGACGAUACCCCAAUUAUUCUUUCUCACGAUUUUAAAUGAAAAACUCAACGAACGGCAUGCAAAAUAUUUUUUAAUUUUUCACCGAGUACUCGGCGACAUUGAUGACAUGCAUUUACUCAACAGGCGAAUAGUAAAUGGUGCAAUGGUGGAAAAAUUAGAUUUUCCUUUCAUGGUUAACCUUUUGAAAGUGCAUAACAAAAUCGUUCAUCCCGUGUGCGGCGGCAGUAUAAUUGCUCAUCAUUUAAUACUAACAUCCGCGCAUUGUUUUUUCUGCGACGGUUCGCACGAAGCCAAAGUCCAAGAUUUUUUCAGUCUGUACAAUAAUGUCGAUUUGAAAAAAGCCACGUUAGACAAAGUCAUUAGAGGGGUUUGCCACGAAAAAUGGAAUCCGGAAACGGCUUUGCACGACAUUGCGAUUCUCAAAGUGGAAAACGGUUUCGCGAAAAACUAUCAUCCGGUUAAAUUGGAAUUCAACGACGGGUACAUGAAAGGGGAUUUGAAAAUAUGCACGGCGAUAGGUUGGGGAGAACGAACGGCCAGAACGAGGGCGUUGAAAACGAAACUUUUGAAACCCAAGUACGAACUCGAGGGAAUCAAAAUCAGCUGCAUCGACAAUUGCGUCCAAUACAAAGUUGACAUUCCUCUCAUAAGUCUGGAUACAUGCACGGAAUUCCUCGCGAGUUUAUACUCUAAAGUGGUCGUAUCGAAAAACGGAAGUCAAUUGUGCGCUUACGGUGCGGGAGUGGAUGCGUGUCAAGGGGAUUCGGGAGGACCUUUGAUGUGCGGUGAAAAACAAUACGGAAUCAUUUCCUUCGGGAAAGGUUGCGCACGAAAAAAUUCACCGGGAAUUUACACUAGAAUCAGUUAUUUCAAAAAUUGGAUUGAAGAAACUAAAAAAAAAUUAAGCGUUGACGAUUGA